GAUCGUCAGUCAACAUGGCGGGCCCCGCUGCGCGGUCGGCCGGUUCGCGCCGUAAGCAGUGAUGUCUGCAUCCGCGCCCCACGCCCACGGGCGCACCCCCGUGCGGCGCAGGGGGCACCAACACCACCCGCGGCUGCGGGGCGACCGCGCACCCGCCCCCAGCACGACACAAAACACAGAACCGUCCAAACAAGUGACCUUAGACAAUCAAACAGACGAUGUUGUGCCUUGUGUCAAUAGUGUUAGUGAAUCUCGAGUGACAAGGACGAAUAGUGACGAUGCACUUUCCAAUCGAAAUAUAGUCGAGGACUUGACGAAUGAUGACGAUGAAAUCGAAUUUGACGAUGUAAGAAAUACGGAGGCGGAAUCUCGAGACAGUUCUGACGAUGAUUUUUCGUUUAAAGAAGAGCGUUCGGCUGGAGACGGCGCCGAGGCGGCACCUAUAGCCUCUGACAUUUCAGAUGAUGACCCUGAAACAGCAGAAUUAGCAAAACUAAGAUGUACAAGCGAAUGCACGGAGGUUCUGGCCGAGAGAGAGAGCCGGCGGAGGAGGAGGUGUGCGGAUUAUCCCGGCCUUGCUUUUGGCAGCUCCAUAUUUUCCUCUGACACAAUGAUGAAAUUUUCCAUCAUCAAAAAUGAACUGCAGAACAUCAAGAACACUGCUUUGAAAAGGGCCGAGUCCGAAGUCGCUGCCCUCAACCGACGCAUCCAACUGCUGGAGGAAGACCUGGAGAGGUCGGAGGAGCGUCUCGCCACCGCCACAGCCAAGUUGGCCGAGGCCAGCCAGGCCGCCGAUGAGUCCGAACGAAUACGCAAGGCGCUGGAGAACCGGACCAAUAUGGAGGACGACCGCGUGGCGAUACUGGAGGCGCAACUAGUGCAGGCCAAGAGGAUCGCGGAGGAGUCAGACAAGAAAUACGAGGAGGUGGCGCGCAAGCUCGUGCUGAUGGAGCAGGACCUCGAGCGGGCGGAGGAGCGCGCCGAGCAGAGCGACUGUAAAAUCGUCGAGCUUGAAGAAGAACUGCGCGUGGUUGGUAACAACCUGAAGUCCCUGGAAGUCUCUGAGGAGAAGGCGAUGGCGUCCCGCGAACACGUCGAGGAUAAGAUCCACAGUCUCUCGGUGAAACUGUCGCAAGCUGAAGCUCGCGCCGAGUUCGCUGAGCGUUCCGUUCAGAAACUGCAGAAGGAGGUCGACAGGCUCGAAGACGACCUGGUGGCCGAGCGGGAAAAGAGCAAAAUCCUGCAGGAGGAAAUGGAGGCCACUCUACACGACAUCCAGAACAUGUGAACGCACCGCGCGCGCCCGCCCCCCGCGCUUACUCGCGCCAUUUAUUCACCGGAGUCCAUGGCCGGAAAAUUAAAAAAAAUAAAAUAAUUUAUUCCUCGAACGUUGCCGAUGAUUAGGCACUGAUAUUAGUUUAGCUAGACAAGCGAGAGGGGCGGGAUAGAUGUUAUGAUUAGAGUAAUUGCCAGCCGCUUUUUUAUAAUGUAACGUCGACUUCGGUUCGCUACGUCACCACUGCCAUGUGCAAUUUUGUUUUGGUACACAAUUUUACUAAUAUCUUAUAAAUUUUGUAUAUCAUGUUUAGUCUUUGUUAGGCGUGUCUGUAAUGUUCUCGCUAUGAAUGCAGAAUUGAGCUUCGAUUUAGGUGUAAGAGAAUCGUGGACAUUCCAACCGGGACCAAAUGCACUACACAGCAUUGAUCAUCGCACUGUUUCCGACGUAAAGUCGCAACAAGUGCUACCUACAUAUAUUCGCGUCUUGAACAAACUCUUCAUAAUUUCCAUUUCGAAUGCUGUCAGAGAUCACUUCAUGUUUGUAGUGCAUAUUUAUUUAUAUUGUGAUUGCAAUUAGCACCGUUUGCAAUUUAUUAUGAACUUCUUAUUUACUUAAUGAUAGAAAAGAGAUUAGAUAUUUUUAUUUAAUGAGUGAUGGUAACCCGUAAAAUAUUGAUAUUUAUAAGCAUAUACUUUGCUAUGAAGUAUUGAAUAUUCUAUUUUGUUUCGAGUAUGAAUUAUUCUUGUGUCAUAAUUUUGAGUUUGUUGUUAUUUAUUUAAAUUAAUCAAAGAAUAAAUGACGACUGUUCCGCUGCAAAUGAACACACUUCCUCCACCUCUAUAAGGCGCUCGCCGCCUGCGCAGCUGGCAAUCCGACGAGUUCGUUUAAUCGAGAGAAAUCCGUCUUUUAAUGUUAUCGAUUUAUGAAUUGAUAGAUAAGAUCGUGAAAAUAAAUUAAUGGUUUUAAGAGUAUUCUAACACAAGUGUUUAUAAAUAUAUAUUAUUAUUUUUA